AUGUUGCCGAGCACUCAGGAGGGAGAAAGGCAGCAGCUUCUUUCAAAUGAAGUUGGUCGCGCAGAAUCUCCGAGCUCCCAGCGUCCACCGCCGACAAAUUUCGAUAAUGUACGACAUGUUUCUUUUGACCUGGUAUUCAAAUUCAGUGCCGUUGUCCUCAACUUUGGGGCGACUGGCUUGGCUCAAAGUGCCAUAGGUAUAGAAGAGUAUUACGGCCUGAAGAACGGGCCCACUGCGUUCAUUUUCCCUGCUGCACUCGCCGGCUAUCUCAUCGCAGUGUGCACUAUUCAGACUAUCCACCUCCGUUUCGGACGACGGGGUAUCGCCUUCCUUGGCCCUAUCCUGCGUAUCACUGGUGUGCUUGUGCUGCUAUGGGGCCCGCCAUUCCCAGUAGCUUUGCUGGGCUACUUUGUCUUUGGCCUCGGAACAGGCCUCACCGAUGCAGGAUUCUGUGCUUGGGGCAGUGGCGUGCCUUAUACAAAUGUUACUCAGGGGAUAAUGCAUGGCUCUUGGUCAACGGGAUGCGUCCUUGGACCAGCGGUCGUUGUACUACUCUCACAGAAAGGGCUCGCUUGGUUUGCUUUCUACCGCGUUCUGAUAACACUUUGCGUGGUUGAAUGCCUAGCUCUUGUAGUAUCAUUCCGAAAUGACGAUGCAAAGCAAUAUCGAGCAAUUCUUGACGAUGACAACGACAGGCAGACAAGCUUAUUUGACCCAUUGCGACUGAAAAGCACAUGGAUGUGCGGAUUCUACUGGUUUAUCUAUGUUGGGAUUGAAUCUUCUUACGGCGACUGGAUUGUGACCUACAUGGGCCGGGUCCGGCAUGUCGAACGAAAUAUCGCUGUAAGCGCAUCAUCCACAUUCUGGAUCGGUAUGGUCACGGGCAGAAUCAUCCUCAGUCCAAUCACCGAGCACUUCGGCUUGCAAGCUUCCGUUGCGGUCUACAUCCUCCUUUCAGCAAUUGCGCAGGCGGCCUUCAGGUUCAUCACGAAUGUGACUGUCCUCUUCGCAAUACUUGCCACGACAGGGUUCUUCUUCGGUCCCUUUUUCCCUUCUGGAAUUGUCUUGCUUGCAAAGAAGCUACCAGUUCAAGCACAUGUCGGUGCUGUGUCAGCUGCUGCAGCCAUGGGCCAAGUGGGAGGCGCCCUAGCUCCACUUAUUGUAGGCUUUAUGGCCGAUGCGUUUGGUAUUGCCAGGCUCCUCGACGUUGUAACUGUUAUGACGCUACUUCUCCUUGUCAUCUGGGCUGUGUUCUGCAGGCUGAAAUGA